AUGAGCAAGAUUCCUUUCCACUUGCUCGCGCUCCUAGCCUGCCUGCUGGUGCCUCCACCAGUCGAGGCCACUUGCGGUCAGUGCUACACGGCCCACGCCUGCACCGGCCUCUCCACCUUUCAGGUCUGCUACAAUGGUGUACGCGAUGAGAGCAUUACUUAUAGCUGUCCCGGGGAUAGACCGGUAUGUACGGCUUUCGGCAUAAUCUGCAUGGCGGAGGGUGCUCCUCGGGCCUGUGGCGAUGUGUCCCAAUGUGAAAGUUGCGGCGCCAAUGAUAUCUACACCUGCACCUCGCUGAACACCUUCGGCAAGUGCAGCGAUGGGGCAGUUACUGCGGGCAGAGCCACUUGCCCGGAGGGGAACGUGUGCAGCGUAGCUGGUGCUGCCGCAGGUACACCCUGUAUUUCGCGUUGCGGUUCCAGCUUCGAUGAUAUAUGCGAUAGGGUAACUGAUAGUGGAGGUGAAAAUGAAACCACUACUACAACGACGGGAGACAGUUCAGGUACUUCAACUGAACCAUCCACAAGUACCUCGCCUGGAAGUUCGGACACAUCUCCAGGAGGAACUAACGAACCACCUAUAAGUACGGAUGAACCACCCACUGACUUGCCUAUAAGUACGGAUGAACCACCCACCACGAGCACGGAAGAACCCGAAACACAAGUUUGUGAAAAUGGACCCACGGGGCGUUUUGCAUUUCCAGGCGACACUGUUUGUACAUCUUACAUCUUCUGUAAUAGAAAAGGCGACACUUGGAUCGGCACCAUCCUUGAGUGCCCUUCGGCUAAUCCCUUUUUUAAUGCCACAUUAACUUAUUGUGUACCCGAAAGACCAACUGGCCCUGGCUGUGUCUGA